ACAUGGCAACAGCCAGUUUCACCCAUGAACUAAAGAUUUCUGGGAACUGUAGUUGCUCCGUCAAUAAUGUCCUUUUAUAAGUGUUAAAUACAGACUAUAUAUCCCACAAACUCUAUAACUAGGGUGCACAGAAUAUAUAAGGAGGAGCCCUGGUUCCCAUAAUCAGUUCUCUGGGAUUCCAACAAAGAUACAGCCAUUCCUUUCCUGCUCCUCGUACAGGAUCCUCACUCACUAAUAUACCAGGAACAUGGAGAUGCAAGUCCUUUACCUUUUGUUCUUCGUUGGAUCCACUGCACAAGAAUACAUGGCUAGAAGUGUCUUCCUCUUCCCCAGAAGUUCUGCUGAUGAUUAUGUGGUUCUGAAACCAAUGGUGACUGAACCUUUAAAUAAACUCACCGUUUGCUUUAGGAGCUACACAGAAGGUGGAAGAUAUGCCUUUUUUAACACGGGCACCCCAGAGUCACAGAUCUACAACCCGUUUGUUAUUUUCCAGCAAGGAUCGAGUUAUUUAAAUAUCUAUAUGAAUAAUACCUAUGUAUCCAUUCCAGAUAAGGCAGAUGUUCUGGAGUGGAUACACAGGUGUGUGACCUGGGACUCUGACACUGGAGUUCUACAGCUUAGGGUUAAUGGAAAAGUCUACCCUCGAAGAGUAGUGAAUAAAGGUUUUUCUAUUGAUCUCCAGGAAGGUAUUUCCCUGGGUCAGAUGCAGAUGUAUUAUGGGACUGAGUGGGAUCCUAAUACUUCCUUUCAAGGGGAAAUUUGUGAUUUCCAUAUGUGGAAUAGGGUUUUGUCUCUUGACGACAUGAGAGAGGCAGACCAUAGUGGUAUAGAUGGGAAUGUCAUUAGCUGGAACCGUCUGAACUACAUUAUAAAUGGAGAAGUCAUUGUCCAACCUAAACCUAUGUGUACAUAUAGUUCCAGGCUAGGCUAUUGUUAAGCAUGAAGAGACCCCUGAGCUGUCUAGUAUUCUUAGGGGGAUGCCUAAACUAUAUGUAAAAAAUGCAGCCGUCUGUUUUAAACUGUAAAAUCCUAGCAUUCCCCCAGCAACUGGAGGCUGCAGUUUGUCUUCACCUGAUGCUCACUAUUUAUAUUUAUGUAUUCAAACUCUGCCAAAACGAGGGGUUUAUCUGCACCCCAUACAGAUAGUACUUUGGGUGGAGUUGAACCCCUACUUAGAUAACACUAAUGUCACAUAUGGUUCUACUCUCUUGGCAUCCUCCUCCAGUUAAAUUGGUAACAGAUAAGGAUUGAACAUCUUCCCCUCCAAUGAGAUGACAGGAUUAACCCGGAAUCGAUAAUAUUUGCCCAAUCAGAGCUGCCUUUUCUACCUGCUUAUAUAUGAAACACUUUUAUGUAAAACACUUAUCGAGACUGGCACCAUCAGCCGACUUCUCUAUAAAAGUGCAUGUUAUUACUGUAAAUUAUGUAUUUCAUGAUUACCAUUUGCACCAUCUACCACUAUAUUGUAUCUGCACAAUGACAUGAUUAUGGGUAUAUUAAAGGAAUAGUAAUAAUAUACUCAUUUACCAAUAAAAUAGCAUUAAAUGAAA